ACAGCCUUUGGUAUAAUACAUCAGAGAAUGUCACAACCCGUUCUCUGUCAUCCCAGAGGAGAUGCAACAAAGAUCUUAAGAGGCCAGGAGACAGAUCCUAGUGGUGACAGCAUGACCUCCCCCGGCGUGACUCCAGGCACCGAGCUGGACAUGAAAGACGUGGAGCUGAACGAGAUGGACCCCGAGAAGCAGCCCAUGAACGCCUCCUCCCCCCUGGCCGGCUCCCCGGGCAGCCUGGGCGAGAAGAACGGGGUGGUGAAGGUGAAGUUGGAGGAGGAAGAGGAGGAGGCCGAUGUGGCGGCCAAGUUCACCGGCCUGUCCAAGGAGCAGCUGCUCCAGGUGGCCGGCACGCCGGGCUGGGUGCGCACCCGGUGGGUCCUCCUGAUCCUCUUCUGGCUGGGCUGGCUGGGCAUGCUGGCGGGGGCCAUUGUCAUCAUCGUCCAGGCCCCCCGGUGCAAGGAGCUGCCGAAGCAGGACUGGUGGCAGAAGGGAGGCAUCUACCGCAUCCUGCGGGUGGAGGGCUUCCAAGAUUCGGACAGCGAUGGCACAGGAGACCUGGCAGGUGUCAAAGAGAGGGUGAGUUAUUUAAGCACCCUGAAAGUGAAGGGUUUUGUGAUCGGGCCUCUCCACGUUAACCCCAAGGACCAGCCGAACAGCACCGACCUCCAAGCUGUCGACCAGAAACUCGGCACCUUGGAAGACUUCCGAGAUGUCUUGCAGGCUGCAAAGAAAAAAAGUUUGAAAGUUAUCUUGGACCUGACCCCUAACUACCAUGGCCAGUUACCAUGGUUUAGCCAGGAUGCAUGGCUCCAAAGCGAUUUCCAGAAUAAAAUGAAAGAAGCAAUCACGUUUUGGCUGAGGGAAGGAGUAUUCGGAAUCCAGAUUGGCAGCGUUGAACAUCUAAAUGAUCCCCAACUCUUGAGUGAGUGGAAGAACUUAACAGAACAAUAUAACGUGGACGAUCAGACCAGGGUGCUGAUUGCAAUGACGGGUCGAAAAGAUGCUCAAGGGGUUUUCUCCCUUCUCAAUGAAACCACAGGGGUAGAUCUACUAACCAGCCAGUAUCUUCAGGGGCUGGUCACACCUGGUCUAAACGACACUGAACUAGGACACACGGCCCAGAAACUGAUCGAAGAUUAUAUCCAAGAAGCGGGAAGCAGAUGGCCCAGCUGGAGCGUGGGCCGACCUGAUAUCGGGCAUUUGGCCAAAGCUAUGGGGGAGCAACUGCUCCGCCUACAUCAUCUGCUCCUUUACACUCUGCCAGGGACCCCUUUCACAGAUUACGGAGAUGAAAUCGGCCUGCGAGAUGCCCUAGUCCAGCCUGUGGCGUCCGACAUCACACGCAUGCAAUGGGACAACACGGCGAACUACGGAUUCUCGAAAGGGGCGCCGCAGCAAGCUGACCUAGCAGCCAGUAACGUCACUGUGCAGGCACAGCAGGGCAGCCAGGGGUCCAUCUUGACCUUCUUCCAAAUGCUGAGUGAGCUUCGAGGCAAGGAACGCUCCCUUCUGCAUGGUGAAUUUUCCCUGGUCGAAAGUUCCAACCCGUCGGUCUUCUCCUACCUUCGGAUGUGGGACCAGAACAAGCGUUUCCUGGUGGUGCUCAACUUCGCCCCCCAGGAAAGGCUGGUCUCCCUCCUUCACUCUCACCUGCCCCCCCAAGUAGGGGUGGAGCUCAGCACCCAUCCCGGCCGUGAGGAGAAGCAGCUGGACCUGCAGAAUCUCAAGCUACAUCCUUCGGAAGGGCUGCUCCUCAGCUUCCCGUACGUGGCCUAGCCGGUCGUCCUCUUGUGGAAGUCAGGCGGUCCACGUGUGGCUUCUGCCGUCCCGCCUGAACUUACUAACCUCCUUGUUUUCUUUCCACCUGUCUCGGUAACCCUGUAGCUCAGCCUUUGUAGACCCCAGACCCCGGUUCCCACAAUCAGCUAGCCAGGAGAAAGUCCAGCCUGGCACCGGGGGUCCCUAACACACCUAGAGGCUGAAGCUGGCCAAGGUCACUUCAGUUCCACGUACAUUCCUGGACCUGCUGAUAUUUUUCUCUAAGCUCUGAUAUCAGCAGAUCAACACACUGUCUACCAGAGAGUGGCAGACUCGAUCCGCCGAUGUCUCGGGCUGCAGGCUGGAGCUGAUGGGGUUCAUCAGGGAUAAUCCAGUGGGAAACCUUUGCGUCGUCCUGGUGCUAGCACAUAGACUAGUGCUUUGGGCGAGGAGGACCAUGGGUACCGUUUCCCCCCUUUUGAGCUGGGGGUCUGCGGUUUUCGGUUCCACGUUCUUCCCUGAUCCCUAGUGUGAGUUUCGUCCUGUCUGUGUCUGGCCCUCUUGAAGGUGUUCUAUCAGCCUAAACCUAACAGAGUGUGUGCAAGCAUCUUCUUUGGCAUGGAACAAGUUUUAAUAAAUGUCUCCACUUUCAGACU